AUGAUCCCCCUCGCUACUGCCAAGUACGAUUGGAUCCUCGCCCUCACCACCAUUGCCUUUGUCUUCAGUGCCUUUGGUAACGGUGCCAACGAUGUCGCCAACUCCUACGCUACGUCCGUCGCCGCCCGCACCCUGGAGAUGUGGCACGUCGGUAUCCUAGCGGCUUGUACUGAGUUCAUCGGUGCUGUUGCACUGGGUGCUCGUGUCACUGAUACCAUCAAGAGCGGAAUUAUCGAUAUCGAUCGCUUUGAGGGCAACCCCGGUACUCUCAUGCUGGCCAUGGGUUGUGCCGAGGUUGGCAGUGCUACCUGGCUGAUGUUGGCUACGAAAAUGGGAUGGCCCGUGUCCACCACGCAGACUACAAUCGGUGCUCUGGUUGGUGUUGGUUUUGCUGUGCAGACAUCUAUUCACUGGGAAUGGACGGAUGGAAGUGUCUCGCAGACCGCUGCGUCGUGGGGUAUCGCUCCUGGUAUCGCGGCCGGAUUCGCUGCUAUCAUCUUCGGUACCCUCAAGUACUCUGUUCUCGAGCGCAAGGACUCGUUCAAAUGGGCUAUGCGGCUGAUCCCGGUGUACCUGUCUGUGACAGGUGCUAUUCUGGCCCUGUUCAUCUUCAUCGAAGCUCCCACCGUCGGUGAUCUUGAGGAAUACGGCGCCGGAAAGGUCGUUGGCAUCAUACUCGGUGUGUUUGGUGGAUGUCUUCUCAUUUCCAUUGUCUUCUUUAUGCCCUACUUCUACCGUCGUCUGGUCAGAGAAGACGCUCGCGUUCUGUUCUACCAUAUCCCUCUCGGUCCCCUGCUCCUCAAGGACGACCCCUGGCUCUACUUCCCCGGCAAGGGCGACAGCCCUGUCAUCAACUACUACGAAGACGCCUAUGGCGAGGUCCGCGCCGGCCAGAACGACCAAGAAAAGACCACCAGCCCCGAUGCAAGUGAAAACCGCCAAUCCUCCGUCUCCAAGGCCGGCCUCAACACCAACGACGUCGAACGCACUUUCGACUCCGUCCAAUCCUCUCCCGAAAUCCAGCCCAAGAAGAAACACCUUGAGCCCCACGAGCGCUUCAUUGCCCCCGUUGAACAUCUCCCCUGGUUCAACCCCGCCAAGUGGCUCGGCUACAUCAAGUGGUUCUUUCUGCAGGGUGUCACCCGCGACGUCAUCACCCAUGACUCCGAGCUCCUCCGCGCCAUCCACGCCCGCGCCCACCGCUACGACGACCGCGUCGAGCAUCUCUGGACAUACUGUCAAGUCGCCUCUGCGAUGAUGAUGUCCAUCGCGCACGGCUCCAACGAUGUCGCCAACGCAGUCGGCCCCUGGGCUGCUGUGUACGAGACCUACAGGACCGGAAGAACUGACGCUGACGCGCCUACGCCCGUGUGGUUCCUCGUCAUCGCGGGUCUGCUGCUCGGCACUGGGUUCUGGUUCUACGGGUUCAAGAUCAUGCGUGCGAUGGGUAACAAGAUCACUCAGAUGUCGCCAACCCGUGGAUUCUCCAUGGAACUCGGCGCGGCUAUCACCGUCCUCCUCGCUUCGAGACUUGGCCUUCCUGUCUCCACGACACAAUGCCUUACCGGCGCCGCACUGGGAGUCGCACUGAUGAACUACGACCUCGGCGCCGUAAACUGGCGUCAACUCGCAUUCAUCUUUGGUGGCUGGGUCCUCACACUUCCCUGUGCUGGGUUGGUAGCUGGGUUAUUGUGUUUGAUGGCGCUGAACACGCCGCAUUUUUAA